UUUGUCAGAGCAGCUGCUAACAGUCUGGGAGGUUGGACACGGAGACACCGGAGCAGGACGAGCACUGAGACAGACAGUUGGGAUUCGGGCACAGAGCUGGGAGUAACAUAGAGAGACUGAUCAGGGCACAGAGGAGCAGAACAGAAGAGAAUAUAUAGAAGAGUUACAGACAGGUGCUGCUGGGAUUACACGGGGCAGCCUGACACCUCUACUGAAAGUGAAAGAAAGAUCCUGACCCAGAGCAGAGAUGGCUGACGGCUGUUUGAAAGUCACUAAGUAUUUCCUGUUUGUCUUCAACCUUUUGUUCUUUAUUUUGGGAGCUGUGAUCCUGGGCUUUGGAAUAUGGAUCCUUGCAGACAAAACCAGCUUCAUAUCAGUCUUGCACAAUUCUUCAGAAAAUAUGAGAAUUGGUUCCUACAUCUUGAUCGCUGUCGGAGGGGUGACGAUGGUGAUGGGGAUCCUAGGCUGCGUAGGGGCGGUUAAUGAGGUCCGGUGCCUGCUGGGGCUGUACUUCACCUUCUUGCUGAUUAUCCUAAUCGCUCAAGUUGUCGCUGGCGUUCUAAUUUACUUCCAGCAAGACAAACUAAAAUUGGAAAUGGAGUCCAUAGUCAAUAAAACCAUUUUGACUUAUGAGGAAGGAAACUACACAAGCGCAGACAACGUGUGGGAUUACAUACAGAGUAAUCUGAAGUGCUGCGGAUGGACUGACUAUAAGAUCUGGACCAUGAAUCCUGCACUCAGCAAUAAUAGCACAUUAUAUCCCUGCUCUUGUGGCACCGUUGAAAUCCAAACCAGUGGUUUCUGCAACAGCAGCAGUACUGACUGGCCUGUUUACAAAAAGGGGUGCAUGGAUGGAGUGAAGAGCUGGCUGCAGGAUAAUCUGGGCAUCAUCCUUGGAGUAUGUGUUGGUGUUGCUGUCAUUGAGCUCCUGGGCUUGAUCCUGUCCAUAUGCCUUUGCCGAAACAUCCAAAGUGAAGACUACAGCAAAGUGCCCAAAUACUGAUUGGCUGGUGCCAGAACUUCACAUCAAGAUGCAAAUCGUCCCCACCUCACACCAUCGAACCCAGUCAGGCACCAUGUAUAUAGACAACAAAAGGAUCUUGCUUAAAGGGAAUAUGAUUUCAUAGUUUUGCUUUCUCUCCAUUCACUUCCAGGGACGCUUAUAUUUGUAGAUAAUAUUCUGUGGGGGGAGAUGUUUUGAACUGUUUGCUUAAUGUGCCUUAGAUAUUCCCAGGAAAAUUGUUGAUAAUAUUAGUUGGAAAAAAAUAGGAGAAUUAAAAUCGGGACACUGUGAUGGGUGGAGAGAGGUCUAUAGUUUGAAGGAUAAAAAAAAAAGUGUUUGAAAAAUAAAUUUUAAAAAGCUCUAUGUAUAAAUAUAUAAUUUGGGGAAAAGAUUGAAACUUUUAUUUCUGUAAAGAAUUCUUAGCAUUUUUUGUAAAUAAUGUUUGGAAAUUAUUGACACUGAGCACGUCAGUCAGCAUAUAUUACCCCUUGUUCACUUAUGACCUUUGUAACAAAAUAUUACUGCAGCAUAUAUUACCCCUUGUUCACUUAUGACCAUCAUAUCACAAAUAUUAAUACAUGCACAUGGAAUUUCGCAUUUUGUCACCAUGGGUAGGAGGCAAUGCUGAUGAGCUUCUCUAGCAAAGGAGUUAAAAUAGGACUCAUCUCCAGUGUACACUGCUCCAGUAUUCUGUUGCUUCUAUUUUUAGUUUAUGCUUUGUUAUAUUUAUAAUGAUUGCUAACCUCUCUAAGUAGCCAUAUUUAAGAUUACCCAGAAGAACUCUGGCUAGUUCCAAAUACUCUCCUGAGAAAAUUCUUUAAUAAAGGACCAGAGACAUCAAUAAAAUAUUAUGCAAAAGGUCAUCUUGACCCUACAAGGGUAUCGGGAGAAUAUUAAACUUGAAUAAUAUAACCCCUCUCAAUUAUUUUUUUUUACAUAUAUAAUUAUGUUUUUAGUUCAAACACGUAUAUCUAAUCCCCCAUUCAAUUUUAUUUGCCAAGACUGCUGUGUGUAACACAUUUACAGUUACAGGAGUUGCAUCCUUAGAGGAUAGCACAUUACGUUUAUCGUUGUCCACUCUUUGCCUGCUUAGUACCAGAAUAGGAGAUGUCACUAUGGUUUCCAUAGUUUGGCUCCGUGGAUGAUAAUGUAAGGAGAAUAAAACUUUUUUUUGUUUUAAAGUGAGAAUUUAAACUGUUCCGACACUACUUUUAUUUCUGCAAUAUAGAAAGUGAAUAUAUUGAUAUUAAAUAUUUUAUAUUCUGUCUGCCCUUCAUCAUUCCAGGGUUUAAUGUAGGGAUUAACAUUUUGAAAGCAUGGCAGCCAAGACUCCAAAAAUUUUAAUUUUGGCUCCUAACAUUUUUUGAUUUUUUUUAGGUAUAUCAUCUUGAGUGUUUAUUAAUUUCAUAAUAUGAUAUCAUCGUGUUGUUGGAAAGGGGCUCAAUCCAUUAAGUGACCAAUUACAUGCAGUGUAUAAUGGUCAGAAAUAUACACUGCUGGACCCUCCAGUAUGAUGUGUACCUGGAUUCCAACAUUCCAGUAGUAAAUACAAUGAAUUGUCUUAAUCUCUGAUGUUUUUCAACCAAAUCAGAUCACGUCAUUAAAAGGUUUGUGAAAUUUA